CACGCCCUGCCUACGUCAGAACUACAUGCUAGGGACUGGUCAGAGAUCCCCCUCCCCGCGCUCACUUUGCUCUUCACCAAGAUCAGCGCUGUGGACAUUCUCAUGGGUGCAGGCCUCGUGUGCCAGUCAUGGCUGGAGGCAGCAAAAUCGCCGUGUCUUUGGCGCGAAGUUGACAUGUCUCACUCUCACAAGCCGUGCUACAAGCUGUUAGUGGAGGAGUGUGCAAUGGCCAAGGUGGCCGGAGACCGCUCUAGUGGGCAGCUGGAGGCAUUCACGGGGGAGGGAUUUGUCACGGAUGAUCUCCUUAAGUAUAUCGGGGAAAGAUCGCCUUCUCUGAAGUGCCUUGGAUUGAUAUCAUGCAUCGACGUCUCCAUCGAAGGAUUCACCGAGCUGCUAUCCAGGUCCCCUCUGCUAGAAGACCUCACGGUAAUGGGCUGUGAUAACAUCGAGGACAUUGCUUGCCCGGUCGCCGCAGGGGCAUGCCCGCAGCUCAAGCGCCUUGUCCUGUACAAACGGAAACGGAGUUCUUCCCAUUCUCCACGGUCCUUUACCAUGGGCAUUUGGACCUGCCGGAGAUAUGUAAGGAGCGAGUACGAGCAAAGAAUCGAGACCAUGCGCGAGCUGCGGGAGCUUACACUCGUCGGGAGCGACAUCGAUGCCCAGGAACUGGAUGCCGUCGUCGACGGCUGUCCUCACCUGGAGCAUCUCUGUUUGAUUGACUGCUGUAACCUCGAAGUCCCCGACGCCCUGCGAGCAAAGUGUGCCAGGAUCAAGAAGCUGGAGCUCUGUUCCUAA